UGUCCUGUCUCUACCUGCCGAACAGAAACACCUUCACUGCCUGCCGCUCUCUGGCCCUAUCGACUCCUGAUCGCACCAAACACCAGAUGGGUUAAGGGAGUCUGUGGAUCAGGGCUACUGGACAGUGCUCCACCCUGCUCCGGCCCAUGUCUCAUCCUACUAGCGUUUCAGAGAAACAGGCAACUGUUUUUAUUCAUACUGUUAGAUAGCAGGAGCUGCCUGAGGUGUUCCUUUGUGAUAGAAGAUCGAGCAUUGCACUAUCAGACUGAUAGUGUGGGGCUGCUAGUGGGUGUGUUACCCACAGGACACUGGCUCAGGUCACAGUGUGGCUUGAUCUCAGACAUGGCCAGGAUGAAUCGACCGGCCCCUGUUGAAGUCUGCUUCAAAAACAUGCGCUUUCUGAUCACACACAACCCCACCAAUGCCACUCUGAGCUCCUUUAUAGAGGAUCUGAAGAAGUAUGGUGCAACUACAGUGGUGCGAGUGUGUGAAGUAACAUAUGACAAGACACCACUGGAGAAAGAUGGCAUCACGGUCAUGGACUGGCCAUUUGAUGAUGGAGCUCCUCCUCCCACAAAGAUUGUGGAUGACUGGCUAUCGCUGCUGAAGAAUAAGUUUUGUGAGGACCCCGGGAGCUGUGUGGCUGUUCACUGUGUGGCUGGACUUGGCCGAGCUCCAGUUCUUGUGGCCCUGGCACUGAUCGAGUGUGGAAUGAAGUAUGAGGAUGCAAUUCAGUUCAUCAGACAAAAACGUCGGGGUGCCAUAAACAGCAAGCAGCUGACCUACCUAGAGAAGUACAGGCCUAAGCAGAGACUGCGCUUCAAAGACCCACACAACCACAAGAACAAGUGCUGCCUCAUGUGAACGAGUCUCAGCCCAUCUGCCACUGAAGGAAUGAAUUAAUUUGUGGGUGAAACAGGACUAAUUCCACAAACCUCAUGCAUUUGAAUUGUUUCACUUUUACUAUUUGGAUGGACUUGACCCCGCUUUAAUCUAUGUGAGACCCCUAAGUGUAAGGGCUUCGUGAACUCAGGGCUGUGAAAAACAAGCCUUUUGAUAUUGAUCCUAAGUGUCUCACAGACGGUAUUACAUGUAUAUUCGUGCACACACACACACACACACACACACACACACACACACACAAACACAAAUACAUGCAGUAUGUAAACAACCAGCAAGAUCUUCAGCACACAAUCCAAAGAUAAUCUUUGCUUCCUUUGGACAAACAUGAUUUAAUUUAUGGAAGACUGCUACCAAAAUUGCUUGUUUAUAUUGUAUCUUAUUAAUCAUGUAUAGGUUUAAUUAAAGCACAGCAUUUCUCUUUUCUUUUCUUUUAUGUAAUUUUAUUUCCAGACUUGGGUUUCUAGUCCCACUUUUCUGAACCUGAUUUUGGCAAAGAAUGAUUUAUUUGUGGUGGCUAGUGGCUGUUUUUUUUUUUUUUUUUUUACUAGAGCUAUAUUUUACAUUGUGAUGUGAACUACUUUGGGAUUAGAACACUGCACUAUUAGAACUUUGUAUAAGAGUACGCUGGAUAGAUGGUAAGAAGCACACUUUAUUGGCUAGUUUUCAAUAGGACACCAGUUAAAAGCUUAAUUUCAGCCCUGCUUGUGGCUUCCCAUUUUGUUUAUUAUGUAAAGGUGAUGUACUGCAAGUGUCUUUGCAACUCACUGUUUGAAAAAUUGUGCUACCAUGGAAAUAGGAAACAAGUCAAACCAGAAAUGUGUAUUAGGACAAAAAUCUUUUGGGUCUUAAUGAUCUUGGUACUGAGGUACUUCACAUUCUGGAAUACGAGUUAAAAAUGUGAUUUAAUAUUUUUUCUGCCUUCUAAAUCAGAGGCACAUCCAAUUUUGUUUAUGGUCAUUGCUAUUGAAGUAAUAAAGUAAUUUUUUAAAAA